GCCUACUUCCGUCCUCAGUAAAGUAAACCGGAAACUUAAACCUGCUGUGUAAUCGUGUCUAGCGCCGCUCUUCUUCACCGUCUAAAGCUUCUCUUUUCCUCUCCAUCAUGCCGGACUACCUGGGGGGCGACCAGAGGAAGGUGAAGGAGGAACCUAAGGAGGACGCUGUCAUCAGAGCUCUAGACGAGGGUGACAUCGCUCUACUGAAGACCUAUGGCCAGAGUACGUACUCCCGACAGAUCAAACAGGUGGAGGAUGACAUCCAAUCGCUGCUCAAGAAGAUCAACGAACUCACCGGCAUCAAGGAGUCUGACACCGGCCUGGCCCCACCCGCGCUCUGGGACCUCGCCGCAGACAAGCAGACGCUGCAGAGUGAACAACCGCUGCAGGUCGCCAGAUGCACUAAGAUCAUCAAUGCAGACUCGGAGGACCCCAAGUACAUCAUCAACGUCAAGCAGUUUGCCAAGUUCGUGGUGGACCUCAGUGACCAGGUGGCGCCCACAGACAUCGAGGAGGGGAUGAGAGUGGGGGUGGACAGGAACAAGUACCAGAUCCACAUCCCGCUGCCGCCCAAGAUCGACCCCACAGUCACCAUGAUGCAGGUGGAGGAGAAGCCGGACGUGACCUACAGCGACGUGGGCGGGUGUAAGGAGCAGAUAGAGAAGCUAAGGGAGGUUGUGGAGACCCCCCUGCUGCACCCCGAGCGCUUCGUGAACCUGGGCAUCGAGCCUCCUAAAGGUGUGCUUCUGUUCGGACCACCCGGCACUGGGAAGACGCUGUGCGCCAGGGCCGUGGCCAACCGCACCGACGCCUGCUUCAUCAGGGUCAUCGGGUCCGAGCUGGUCCAGAAAUACGUGGGAGAGGGGGCCCGCAUGGUGAGGGAGCUGUUUGAGAUGGCCCGCACCAAGAAGGCCUGCCUCAUCUUCUUCGACGAGAUCGACGCCAUCGGAGGGGCCCGGUUUGACGACGGCGCCGGUGGUGACAAUGAGGUGCAGCGCACCAUGCUGGAGCUCAUCAACCAGCUGGACGGCUUCGACCCGCGGGGGAACAUCAAGGUCCUGAUGGCCACCAACCGGCCCGAUACCCUGGACCCCGCCCUCAUGAGGCCCGGUCGGCUCGACCGCAAGAUAGAGUUCAGCCUCCCGGACCUCGAGGGACGCACCCACAUCUUCAAGAUCCACGCCCGCUCCAUGAGUGUGGAGAGAGACAUCCGCUUCGAGCUGCUGGCCCGCCUCUGUCCCAACAGCACAGGCGCCGAGAUCCGCAGCGUGUGCACGGAGGCCGGCAUGUUCGCCAUCCGGGCGCGCCGGAAGAUCGCCACGGAGAAGGACUUCCUGGAGGCCGUCAACAAGGUCAUCAAGUCCUACGCCAAGUUCAGCGCCACACCCAGAUACAUGACCUACAACUAGGCCGAGGCUCGUCUCUCUGUUCUCAUCCUGUAAUCUCAUCCUCCAAGACUAAUAAAGUUUGUUCCACGUUAUUCGCAGUCUGAGUCACUGAAUCCAC